AUGACGUCCAACACCAGCGACUUCUUCACUCAGCAUGGGGAGUCACAAUUUUCCCAAGGUAUCGAGGACCUCAUGUUUGGACCGUCCUCCGCUGGAGGUGCUGGUAACGGUCACCAGAACGGUGGGCCCCUGGGGGCUAGGCAAACAGCAGACAAUACGGGUUUGAGGGCCGACACUAUGACUGAUUUCCUGGAUGUGGACGUAUCCACUAAAGGGAAAACUCAGGAGAUGGAGUUGACUCUGGACCAACACGCCUUUCCGAGAGAGUCCAAGCACAGGAUGUGGGCGGACGACUCUGACUCUGACGAAGAUGAUAAUGAUGACAUGGACGAUGCUGCUACUGGGAUGGACCAUAGUCAACCAGGCUUCAAUGGUGCUCAUGGCCAUCAUCAUCAUCAUGGUCGCUAUAUGGGGAUAGAGUCUGACGGUUUCGACCCAUCGACCUUGCCUGACCAUUCUUGCCAGUACUGUUACUUGAGCUCUCCAGAGUGCGUGGUGCAGUGUAACGUGUGCAAGCGUUGGUUUUGUAACUCCCAUCAUAAUACCAGUGGAAGCCAUAUUAUGAACCACUUGGUCCGGUCGAAGCACAAGAGUGUGUGUCUGCAUGAGGAUUCCCCCCUCGGGGCCUCUUUGCUGGAGUGUUAUGUAUGCGGCAAUACGAACGUCUUCGUGUUGGGCUUCAUACCGUCCAAGACUGACAGUGUCGUCGUACUUAUAUGCCGAGAGCCGUGCUUGGGGUCCAACACACUCAAGGACGAUGAGUGGGAUAUCUCCAUGUGGCAACCCUUGAUUGAGGAGAGAGCGUUCCUACCAUGGCUGGUGAAGAUCCCAACGCCAGAGGAAGAGGUUAAGUACACGCGGCCUAUCACUAACUCGCAGAUCAAUAGGUUGGAGGAGCUAUGGAGAGAAGGAAAGGAAAGCGCCACUGUAGUGGAUUUGGCUAAGCCAGGCACGGCAGCUGCUGAGGAGGAGCUCCCUGUUGUUCGCAAUACGUACCCUGAUGCCUAUGUGUAUCAGAACACUUUUGGACCGUUGGUCGAGAUGGAAGCGGUUUAUGAUAAGGAAGUGAAGGAAAGUCAGGCGAAGCAUGAUAUUAAACUGCGAUGGGACCUCAAUAUGGGAAACAGGAGGUGUGCAUACUUCCCGGUCUUCACCAGAGAGGAGACGGCUGGUGCCAAGUUGGUGCCAGGGGACGAGAUCAGGCUGAAGCUGGCUGACUGGGGCUCUGAUAAUGAG